GUCUAGCCAGCAUGCUGCGUUCUACGUCAACACCCUCGGCUUCCAGUUCUUCCUACCCUUCCCCACCCCUAUCACCACAAUUCGACCUGUCGGCACGCUCGGGCACAUACUCCGACACGCAAUCCCGUCCACGUCUGAAUUCUCGGGAGCGUCGGCGAAUACCACCGCCUCGCCUGCGUGCUAGAGGCCCUCUGGAUCCCUCUGAAACGACCUUCUUACGGCUCUUACGACAUAUACGCUGGUGGCCAAGAGCGAGCAUGGCGCGGCUGUGGUGGAAGCUGCAAGGGUAUGGCCUGGACAGGCCGUCGGAGUGGGGGCGCUGGACAUGGAUCGGAAUACUGUCGCUCGGGCUCAACGUUCUCUUCGUCGUACGCUACAUUCAACAUAUUCCUCCAGCAGACGUUUUCACGCGCUGGUCACCACUGUGAGUCUACCGCAUUAUUGUCAAACGAACCUUCCAUCCUCGGACGCUGUUGCAUGAUGCGAGACUCCAUGCGCGUUCCUCCCCCCUGGCACGUUGAACUCGUGUGACCUAUUGUUCACUGGCUAAAUGCGACCUGCUGCCCGCCAGACACAAUCUGCCACUUGUCGAUCAAGACGCGCUUCUCGUCCCCAGCCCACUGGACGGGCACGGCAACAUCGUCGCGACGUCAUUCUUCACGGACGAGUUCGCAACCGCCGUCGCCGCGCUCGGCGACUCCCUCAACCGUGCGAACACGACCGCGCGCAAGGUCAUGCUCUACAUCCCCGAGCAGGUCUCCCCGCGCGGGCUCUGCAUCGCGUCCGCGACCGGCUUCCACCCGCAUCCCGUCGCGCGCAUCGAGCCCCCGGACGCGGGCGCGGGCGUCUACCCGCACUUCAUCGACCAGUACACGAAGCUGCGCCUGUGGGAGCUCGACGCGCUCGGCGCGACGGGCGUCGUGUACCUCGACGCGGACACGCUCGUGUUGCGCAACUUUGACGAGCUCUUCGCGCUCCCGUACCGCUUCGCGGCGACGGGGGACGUGUACACGAACCGGAAGGGCUUUGUGCUCGGCUUCAACGCGGGCGUGCUGUUCCUCCGGCCGAGCACGGCGCUGUUCGGGGAGAUGCUGCGGCGGAUCCCGGAGGCCGACUACUGGAGGCACGACGCGGAGCAGGCGUUCCUCAACACGUUCUUCGCGAAGGACGUCGUGCGGCUGCCGUACGCGUACAACGCGAACCUCGCGAUCAAGGCGCGCGCGCCGCGGAUGUGGGAGGGCAUCAAGAAGGAGAUCCGGGCCAUCCAUUAUACGAUGGUGAAGCCGUUCACGAAGGACAACAAGAACUACGCGCUGGUGCCGAUGCACGAGCUCGAGGCGAACGCGAGGCGGAGGGCGUCGGAGGAGGGCGGGGUGUUCGUCGAGGAGAUGGAGAUGUGGGCGCAGUCGUGGCACAGGACGUACGCGACGCACGGGGAAAAGCUCGAGAGUUGUAAGGCGCUGUCGAAUAUCCCUGGCCAACGAGAGUGGUGAUAACCACGACGCGCAUACAUGCGCAUGGCGAGAAUGGUCUGCAAGCAACUCUCCCCACCACUCCAGUCCGAAGCAUUUUGCACGUCGCAUACGUUACCGUAUACUAUCAAUCACUGGAUAAGAUCCCUCGCAUAAACACUGUAUCGUAGCCGUGGUACGUCAUGUAGCAUUUGCAGGCUCCUCCCUCGCACGUCGCACAUCGAGCACCUUUUGAGUCUGUAACAAGUAAUCAUAGCCGCGACGGGUGAAUCGUUUCUCUGCCAGAGUAGAUAGCAGCAGCACAGCAGCAAUGCGAUUUAAUGAUAGCGCGACAACACAGCGACCAGGCGAUGGGAACGACGACCGGGUGAUAACUAAGUGGUACGUACGUAUAAUAGGAGAGGAGAUAUUAAUGACAACAUAGUAGAAUGGAUCGGAUGAAGGAUGGGAGAGACUUGAGAGGAAAUGAGGGAGAAAGCGAGAACGGGUUGAAUAAAUCAGAGAAGGCGAGACCCCGAGUCUUGGAUGCGAGCUGGGAAGAUGGAAGUAUUGCGAUCUUGUGCCAAUUUAGGCGCUCCUAAGUUCAAGAGUAAUUAGAUAGUCUAUGUACCGUAGCCCCGCCACUUUGUGAGAAUGAAGACGUCUGGACAUGCAUACCCGCACAGAUAUCAGAACAGGCGGAAUGUUGAGGUUCCUUUUUGCGCCAGCUAUCCCGUCUUAGUAGAUCUCAUUCCUCUAUCUGCGCCACAGGCGAGGAAGACAACCUCACGGCCUUCACCUCCUUCAGACUCGCCAGGACGCUCUGCCAGCUGCCCGGGCUCCUGGACGAUUGCCACGGGUAGUCCACAGGCCUGAGGUCGACAUGAGGGAACAUCCGGUCCACGAACUCGGCCACCCGUCUCGCAUCGGCCUUGGGCACGUCUCCCGCGAGCCAUAUCUGCCUGAGCCCAUGAUUCGACGCCUUCGGACACGCGUCGAGCGAGCGCUUCUUGAUGCCCCGCACGUCGACCGAGGCGAGCCACAACGUCUGCAAUCGCGGACAGUGCUCGACGAACACCCCAAGCGCGUCGAUGGGCAGCUCCGCGGGAACGGGAGAGUACAACAGCCGCAGCUCACGAAGGUUCGGCCAGGCCUUGGCGAACGUGGUGACACCCUCGGCGCACAAGGACAAUGCGACCCCAGUGCCGGAGAUGAUGCAUACGUCUUCGAGCAGCGGCAGAUUGAGCAGCGGCGCGAGCACGUCGAUAGGCCGUGCGAGCGACGCCAUGUCUCCCGUCCAGGAGCCGGAGAGACGGACGGAGCGCAACGAGGACCCGAAGCGGGCGCAUAGGACGUUCAGACACCCGCGGUAGUCCUCCCAGCGAUCUGGGCGAGGGACGAGGGCGCCGAACGAUGUGAGCUCGCCGGAAGAGACGUACGAGAGGAAGCGGGUGACGAGCGAGAGGGUGCCGUGGACGCGCAGCGUGCGGAGGGAAUGGAAACCAGUCACCUCUCCAUCGAACACGGACGAGUCUGUGAGAUUGAUCCCAAACUCUUGCAGGGGGAACGCGGCGCAGGACCGGAUGACGGGCAGGUAGCCGGAUCCGAAGCCGUGGUGCGAGAAAUUGAUUAUACUGAGCGAUUUCAAUCUCGCGAGCUCGCCGAGGCAUACGAUAGAGGAUGAGUGGAUGUUCCCGGACAGUGUGAGAAGCUCGAGAGAGGGGGCAGCGGUACUUAGGUCGUGGAUGAACCGACUGAAGACAUAGUUUGUGGUCGAGGUUGCGACUGCGGGCGGUGCAAUUUCGCCCUUGGCACCGAGACCAGCGAUGCAGAGUUCUCGAAGGGAAGGUGGUACCACGGAAAGUAUCUCAAGGACGUCUGUCGGGGUUCUUUGCGUCCAAUGAAGCACCUGAAGACUAGGAAGCAAUGGUUCCCCUCUCAAUUGACUGUGUACCACCGAGAAUACCUCCGGCUCGAUCCUGUGUAGGUCCGCGCGGUGUGCAAGCCUGCGAAUGCGAGUGGCGUAGUACCGCAUGCGGGCGAUCGACUCCUCUGGUACACAUCCCGCCAAAGCGUAGACAUUCCCGUUACUCUUAUCCUUAUUCCGAUCCUCCAGCCUCUGGAACCCCGGUGACAGCACGUGUAGGACGACGGUCAGCGAAUCGACCUGGCGCCAGAGGACGUUGAUGGCGAAUUCAAAGAGGACGGGGCUCGCCCUGGCACAUCUGGCGAGCGCUAUGAGGCCAGGGUCGUCGACCUUGUCGAAGGGAAAGGAUGCUGGGGCCAAAUGAUCAAGUAUGCCGCGGAGUAUAUCGUCGUUCCAUAACUGCCGACGGUAUUGAGGAAGCAUGAUCGCGUCGGCUCGCCCGGAACUGCGACAACUACUAUCACGCUGGUCGGGCUGGAGCACCGACGACAAGAAGCUGUAGGAACAAGU